UCAUCAUGUUGUAAUCCUGCCAAAACGCCCUCUCAGCAUCCGGCUAGCAGCAACCGUUGAGGACAAGAGAAUGUGUUCAUGAACUGAAUAUAGGGAGGUUGGCAAUAUUUGGGCCACGCAAUGCUGCGCCUACUUCUUGCUUGGGGCCUCUUGGAAUCAUCAAAGUAUGGGUUCAUCGCUCUAUCACAGAUAGAGCUCCAAGCGUACAAUACCACAGUCUAUCGACCACGGCGUCGCAGCCAACUGCAUCAACCCAGAUUCCAGCAUAUCAGUCAAUCUCAGUACAUUUUAUUUCCCACCUCAGACACUCGCCGGCCGGACAUAUCCGGAUCACUGCCAACUUCUUUGCCCGUCAGGCAUCCGAUUAUUGCCCAGUCGGCGAAUUUCUCUUGGUGUCUGGUCUGACUUCACGAUAUAAUAUUGUCAUCUACCUGCAGCGAAGCGAUCACACUCCGCUUGUUUCCAGCCCAGCCGCGCGAGCUUAUCGCCAGCCCCCUCGCCAACCCUAAACCAAGUACUCCGUAAAUCGCCAUACUCAGCAA